UUUGUUUAAAAUGUAUAUCAUUACUUUUUUAUAUUUUUCUCAUUUGAACUUCUCACAAUGUCACAUAAUUCCAAAUCAACAUACACACUGCCCCGAAAGACUGAGUUGCACACGAGCACUCCACGAUUAAUCCGUUUGAGGAAAAAUCGAAAAGGGCUGAAGCCACGUUUAUUAUACCGAUGCUUCAAGGAAAAUGACCGAUCUACUAAGUUUGCAUUGGAGGAUGAAUCUUCACUAUUCCCAGUUACACUCAAGUGCAACCAAGAACGGAGUGAACCGAGUAGUUGUGAUGAAGAAACAUUGGAUGUAGAACUCUGCAGUUGCUUUAAGAAUCUGACUGAAAUUAUGAAAGAUGUGGAUGAGAAAAGCGUUGUGAAUGUGAGCAAGCGACUUCAAUCUUAUCCAAGUGUUGCUUCUGUUGAUUGGAGUACUCUUUAUUCAAAUGCAGCAAAGUUACAUGCUCAGGAUCGUCUCCUAGUGCCGUGUCAACAGCAAAAGGUCGAAAUGGUUCAGGCCAUUGAAAUGAUGAAAGCUAUCACUGAAUGUAACUUUGAGAAUGUUGAAACAGGCGGAAAAUAUAGCUCAACUAUUUCUGUGGCUCAACAAUUGGGUGAGCAAUACAACCGGCACUUGACUGCUUCCGAAUUAAUUGUUCUCACCCUGCGUAACUUUUGGUUCGACAACUUGGAAUUGAAAAUCGGAGAUAAUUUCAUGCACGUAGAUCGUUAUUUAUUUCAGUAUUUUGCAAAUGCCUUCGCAGACAAUAGUAAUUAUUACCUGGAACUGCCCCCUCACAAAGCUUCCAUGCAUCUAAUGGGCAAGGUAUAUGAAUGGUUGAUCAAUGAUAAUAAUGAGCUGAUGCUCGAUAGUAACUUCAUAGCCAUGUACAAUUUGGUAAAAUUCCUAGACGUGCGCCGACUUUUACAGCAGUUUUGGUAUAACUUUGCGAUAAGUGAUAGAUUUGGAUUUUGGGAGCAGGAUGCCUUUCAGGCCUAUUUGAAGGCACGUCAAAUAUCAUGCAAUGAUAUGAUAGCCAUAUUGCUUAGUCGGACUCGCAAGUGUUUUCUCCCACUAGUUGCUUCUAGCGAGUUUCUUGAAAUGAAUGUGAAUGAGGUUAUCUUUAUAUUUAAGCUGGAUACUAUUUGCGUUAACAGUGAGGACGAAGUGUUCUUUGCAGCAGUACGCUGGCUAGAGCACAACUGGUCAAAACGAAAGGAAUAUCUUGUACAAGUUAUGGCCACUAUUCGCGUUCGCAUGUUAUCCCCAUGGUUGCAAUGGUCAAUUAUCUAUAAGCCAGAAAACCUAGUGAUAAAAGAGUUUGGUACGAACUGUCAGGUCAAAGCCAUGCUCUGGGACGCCUGUUUAUUUGGAGAGGCAUCUGUUGCCAAUAAACAGCUAUCAGAUGAAUGUGGCAAGCUGCUUAAACUUAAGUACGAUCAAGCUAAUGAAGUGCAACGUUACUGGGUUAACUGUCAGGGCGUACCUCAUCACCAUGAUGUCAAGUGUCCGCGUUACCGUAAACUUACUUAUGAAAUAUUCAAGCUUUUUCUGACUCGUCUACAAACUUAUGGUCAAGAAUUCAUUAAUGUAAUUAUAUAUGUUCCACAGAAACAUUCGAACACCUAUAAAUGCUGCGAGUACAGUGAUAGCAAGCAUCCGAAAUUUGUGAAAAGGGUCAAUCCUUCCAUCUAUAACAUUUAUGAUAUUUAGGCACUUUUACUUUUAUAUUUAUAUUUUUGUUAAGAUAUGUAUUUAUAAUUUUUAACACAUAAACUGAGUAUAAUGUGCUUUA